AUGGAUCCUCGACAUGAGCAGAUCCUCCACUGGAUCCGUACAAAUGAGUAUAUCGUCAAGACCGACUAUGUUAAGCCCCGCAAGGAAGGCCCUGCACUCAUCGAUGUUCCCGUUCGACCCGUCGUCGAUGCCGCAGUUGGUGACGACAGCUCCUGCUCAACCGCCUCGUCGUCCACGGAUCUCCCGGACAUCUUGAGCGGCGCGGCCGACGACCCCCUCAUCGCAAUCACGGCAGAGAUAGAGCGUGUUUUCCACGAUGGCCGCGCUACGUGGACCAGACUCGUCAAGGAAGCCGAGUCCCUCCCGCUGCACGUCCUCCCUACCGGGUGUGCCGAUCCAUCCAUCAUGCUGCAGGACGUCCCGGCCCUGCCCGCCCGUCUCCCGGAGAAACGGGGGGCUCUCACCGGGAGACCGCUGUGGUACGUCCCAGAUCCCGAGGCUAACCGUGCGGGUGAUGAGAAACCAGACCCCACUAGCGACCACCUGGACUUUCAGUAUUCCCAUGGCAUACGCAAGCAUUUUCAGCUUUGUUUCUCGAAGCCCGUCGGAUGCCGCAUCCACGCCGCCCAGCCGCCACUCCAUGACGACGGCCUACAGGCAUCACAGAAAGGGCUCGCCAUCCUGACCAUGAAGGUCGCGUACGCGCAACAUUUCCUCAGCCCUGUAGCCACCAGCACACUCCAAGACACGGUUUGUGACAUGAUAAGCUUGAAGCUGCCUGCGUUUGCCUCUCCUGCACUCGUCCGCUGGCUCAGUGCUCUGCUUUCCCCGACGCCAGGCUGGUGUGGAGACGGCAAUCGACCCGACUUUCCUCCGUGGGCUGCCUUCUGCUCUGGUCCGCUGCGCUUUCGCAUCGUCGUCCCACCGGAGCCAUUCCCGCUUGACCAACAGCCGCCGUCGCCGCCGACUUCGUGCCAAGCCACCAAGUUGCUCAUCGAGCUUUGUACCAUCUACGGCUUUCUCGACGGCCCCCCCUGUGGGCUUACCCCGGCAACAGCAGCCUUCCUCGCCGCUCUAGCCCUCCCCUUCACCCGUGAUGAUGGUCAGAAUCCGCGGUUCCCUAAACCCGGCUCCAUGACCCCCACUAGAACCUCCCUCCCUAGUAAGCCCGCUACUGAGCCCUCCCGAAUCCGCCAGUAUACGGCCGACCUUCGCUACUACAUGGCGAUUAGCAUGCACCCGCGCUCCGUCGGGUCCGUCCUGUGGAGCAUCUUCUGGCAACCAAGCGUCCCAGCCAACCUGGUUAACCCCUGGCUCGCGUCUAUCUCCACUGUGCUCACCUCUACCCCUAACCCCACCCAGCUUGCGCGAGUGUUCCUCCUUCGCCGGCCCCGUGUCGCCCUCUGGUGGGUGGGCCUACUCCUCCUGGGCGACUUACCUACCAUUCAUUCCCGCAUCGCUCUCUACCUCUCCACAACAGAAGAGCGCUGGGGCUUUGGCUCCCUCGCGCGUCCCGACACCGCUGUCGCUGCUUGGACGGGAACACCCCAAUCCUUUCUUGACGAUUCUUCACCAAACCCGUACGGCGCCGGCAAGACCGAUCAGAAGAUUGCUAGACACGACUUGCUCCGCCACCGCUAUAACUUUCACCUCCAGGACGAAAUGUCCGUUCGCUUGUCCUGGAUUCCCUUUGGCUCGAUCCCCCGAGAGUGUGUUGAGCCCGAUCUCUGGCCGUGGCUUGAUCGUGGCCAUACAAGGGAGUACGUCCACUGGGUGUGGUGGAUUAGGCAAGGCAGGGCCAAGACUGGCACCCGCCUCCAUUGCGAUGUGCAACGCGGGUUUCGGCGUGACACGGGCAGGUUUGUGGAGGACGUGCCCGACCACCUCGACGUCACUCGUGCCCGAGGACGGCGAGCUCGCCAUGGUAGCAUUAAGAUGGAACCAUCUAGAGCGUCAACAUCUCGUAUGGUUUCUCAUUCGAUCUUGGCUCUGCCUGGGGCUGACAGCCACCCAUGGGUCAAGGAUUGGAUGAACAGAACACAAGAAUGA